AUGUUAACACCAACUCAUUUUUUGGAGAAUAAUGAACGACAACAUAUUCUAAAUGUUGCUCCAGCUGAAGGCAAUGGACCAUUAAGUGUGUUCAGAGAUGAAUACUCCGAAGAACUGGCAUAUCCUCGGAUAUUUCUUGGUCAACCACAGCAAGAAACUAAACAACCAAAAGCCACAGUAAACUAUAGUGCUAUUUGUAAAAAUCACAGCGAAGAAGGUCAGACCGAUGAGCUGCCAUGUGUGUUGAAAAAAUUUUCUUUAAAACAAAGACAUGAUAUUAAUUUGAGGGGGACUCGGAAAAAAAAUCCGAGUCCCAGAUGGGAUUUGAACCCACGACCCUCCGUGAUCUAGUCGGAUGCUCUAACCACUUGAGCUACUGGAGACUCUAUGGUGAGCAAGGGCCAAUUUGUGGGUCUCGACUGGAACCGCAUCACGCGGCUACACAGCCAAGUAAUGAUAGGCACACAAGAAGUGAAAACUCACUAACAGCAUCGCUGUUACAAAUGAAAAUCCUUUUAUGUAGUCGCACAUACCUCUACGAAAGUGCAAAAGAAAUAACACAAACAUCAGUGCAGGACAAUUAAAGCAACAAGGUGAAUUAGACAGGUUAAUACACCAUGAUGAGGGAUUCAAAUCCUAAAUGCAUUACGUGGCUCACCUUCAUAUUUUGAAAAAUAAAUGGAUAUCCAGUAUGUACUAGAUGUAUAUGCAUGUGCUGUCUGUAUAGUUAAUUAUAUAUCAAAGGGUCAAAAAAGGAUGAGUGAACUUUUACGAGAAGCUUGUACUGAAGCAAGGAAAGGAAACCAUAUCAUCAAAAAGCAAGUCAGAGAUAUUGGUAGUGGAUUUCUUGAUAGUAUUGAAAUAAGUGCACAAGAAGCAGUGUAUAUUGUUUUACAAUAUGCCAUAACAAAAGCAUCUAGGCAGAUUGUAUUCGUUAAAACUUCACCUCCCGAUAAAAGAAUGGAACUAUUAAAGCCAUUGCAUGAUAUUCAAGAAAUGGAUGAUGACUGUGAGGAUAACUAUACCAGCGGUUUGAUAAACAGUUACUCUAAGUGCCCAGCACAACUUGAACAUUUAACACUUGCAGACUGGGCUGCGUGGUAUGAUUGCAGUGGGAAACCAUAAGCAAAACAAACAAAUCAACAAGAUAUUGAUGGUCUUCCAGUUGAGAAUUUUGUUGAUGAUAAUCAAACUAACAGUGAUGACAAUGAUGAUAAAUAUAACUAAAAUAUUUGUAGCAAAACUACAAAAAGGGACUAAAGUUCGAAUAAUACAAAGCGUCUGGUUCAAUAAGGAAACUGAACAACUCAUUGGCCACUAGUCAUAAUGACAAACCAGUUCACUUUGGUUAAGCUCAUUUAUACCUCGUUUCUGACUCAACAAAAUAAAAUAACCAACAAGGGAAAAAUUAAUUUGACCGAACAAGUUCCAGUUCUCCCUGCACAAAGUCACAGUGACCAACUACUUCAAAAUUUUCCAUUGUUCACCAUGGACGUUUUUUUUAUGUUGACUUCAGCCAUUUUUAUAAUCGGAAUAGCAUUUCAUGUUUAUCCUCUUCUUUAUUACUCCGAUAAAAUCAGUUUCACCAAGAUCCUUGAUCACUUAACCAAUCGCAUUUCUUUUACGAAAAAGUUCUACAAUUGACCAGUCAGGGUCAAAUUUUGACUCUAGACAUAUAAACGCCAAUGUGACUGGAUCGGCUGCUCAAAAGAUUUAACAGCCUUAGCCAGAGGUCUCUGACUGGCCUGCAAUUCAGAACUUUACUGUUUAUGCUUCUCACCACUGGCGAGCGAGAACACCACUGGAAUUCAGGCUACAUCUUUAAAUACUCAUAACAUUCACCAAUAAUUAGUGCUAUUCUAUUUCAGCUGAAACACUUGAGGGUUAUGUCCACUUGAUAAGUGGAGUUAAAACUGCUGCAAGUGGGUCAACAAAGAACUUUGACUUGAAGCUACAAACAACUAGAGGUGAUACUGUACGUAUGGUAUGCUACUCACCAGAAAAGCGACAGAAAUUACAACUUAAUCCCAGCAGUAUAAAUCGCCCGUCAAAAUCUCUAGCCUUCUUAAGAAUACAGAAAAGAGUUUCAACUCUUAAAGUGAAGAAUACAUCAUAUCAAAGAAAGCAAAAAUCUCCACAGAUUGGAUCUUCAACUCCAAUAUAAUGAUGCCCUUAACAACAGGCUUCACAGAGUCAAACAAGCUUUGGAUACAAACAUACAUGUAUAUGAAACUGUUCAUCUCAAAGUUAAAAUCACAGCCUAUACUCCACGGUGACAAGACCAGGUAA